GAUUCCGGGAAUUUUCUCGAAAGUGCAAUAACCACAAGUGCGAAUUCUGCGUGUUGCACUUUUCAUAAUUAUCUUGAAUUCAUUCAUACUUAAGGAUGUCACAACCUGGCUUGGAAGAGGUCAGUAAUUAUAAUUCGACUGUAUAAAUAAUCUAUAAUCUAGACUAUGCUGACCAAACCUCUAAAGUUAGUGCGUAUUUUAAACGAAGUGGCUAUUCGGACCCGGGUCCCAGAAGUGAGAGGUUCGGAUUAAAAAAAUGUUUUGGUAUCAAAUGAAAGAUAAUUGAAAGGACUAUUUUAAUAUGUUUUUAAACUUAAUUCUUCGGUUUAAAUAAAAUAAACUACCACAUAUGACAUCUGAAUGGAACUGUCAUUGAAGUAGGGUGACCAAAUCAUGAACUGGAAAAAAACGGGACAAGCCCAAGGAGUAAGGAGUGUUGGGUGGGGGGGGCCUCCAGCUAAAGCAGGGUCCGGAGGCCUCUGCAGGAAAAUGUUUAUUGAAAUAUGCUCAUUUUAACUACUUUGAGACCUAGAAAUCUUUUUAAAUUUAUCUUCACUUUUACUUUUGUAAAUUUGAAGUGUUUACAUGUCCGGCGACGGACGAAUAAAACAUAAUUCUCGAGAUAUUCGUUCGGUGACUGCCGUGACAACGUUGGGUGAGAUAUCUGUCAGCUUUGUCAUUUGACCACUAAUGCAAAGGUAUAUUCACCCACCCACCCCAAAAACUUAAAGGGACCCGGGUCUGAAAAGCGGCUAUGCUUGCCCAGGUCCCUUUAGCCUUUAGAUUACAGAUUAGACUAAAUGAUAAAUGCUAUUCCUAUGUCAUUUGUGGUAGCUUAUUUUAGUUAAACUGAAGAAGUAAGUUAACAAAUUCAAUUAUCUUUCAUUUGAUACCUAAUUUUUUCUUACUUACAAACACUACAAUACAAUAAUACUUUUGAAGGCUGCGACUAUUCGGACCCGAUAUCAGAAGUGGGAGGUUUGGUUUAUUAAAAAAUAUUAAAAAUAUUAUUUUAGGGUUUGUACGACAAAAAUUGGUAUCAAAUGAAAGAUAAUUGAAUGGACUAUAUUAAAAACUUAAUUUUUCAGUUUAACUAAAAUAAACUACCACAAAUGGCAUCCAAAUAAUGCCAAAUAGCAUUUAGUCUAAAGUAAAGGGACCUGGGUCCAAAUAGCGGCAAUGCAUGUCCGGAUCCAUUUUGACUAAAUGCUAUAGUUUACAUUUAGUUUAUUCAAUUAUCUUUUAUUCAAUACCAAAUUUUAUCUUACAAACCCAACAAUAAUAUUUUAUACAUUUUUUAAUCCCAACCUCUCACUUCUGGUAGCCGGGUCUGAAUAGCCGCAGCCUAUUGGUUGCUGUGAAAUGUGAACUUUGACGGGUUCACAGGUCGAAGCAACUAAGAUGGCGGCCAUUUGCUAAAAUUAGGAAUAAAACGUACAAAAUUGAUGAAAAAAUGUCCUAAAUGUGUCCCUAAACCUAACCUGAACCUUAAAUCUAUCUUUAAACCUAACCUGGGUAUUGACCAUAAACCUAACCUGGGUAUUGACCCUAAACCUAACCUGGGUAUUGACCCUAAACCUAACCUGGGUAUUGACCCUAAACCUAACCUGGGUAUUGACCCUAAACAUAACCUGGGUAUUGACCCUAAACCUAACCUGGGUAUUGACCCUAAACCUAACCUGGGUAUUGACCCUAAACCUAACUGGUAUAUUUAACUGGUCAAUAAAUUUUUUUUAAACACUCAAUCUUUAAAAAAACUGCUUAGUAAGAUUAUUGGUUCAUUUAUUACGUAUUAAAAAUUCAUUUGUGUAGACCUUAGGCAGGAGUAAAAAACAAACGUCAAAAAGAGGUCAAUCUUUAGGUGAUUUAAUUUGUCAUCAUGGCAACCAAGCUUGUCUGCCGUGGGAUAUUUAAUAAUUCAGUAAAUUGGCUAUCCAGAAUAUGACUGGGAAAUAUAACUAAUAAUAAUAAAUCAUUUUAAAUAAAUAAAAAAUGUUUUAUAACAUAAAUAAUUAUUAUUGGGUUAUGAAAUAUCUGUGGCUUUAAUUGUGGGGUUGGUUGCCAUGGACUUUGGAUUGAUAACCACUUGUCUUUGACUUAGAUAGACCUACUUGAAGUAUUAUAAUAAAAAUAAUGCCUCUUGUCUUAAACUUAGAUAAGCCUAAGCCCAGUCAAAGUAUUAUAAUGGUAAUAUUACUAUUAUAAGUAAUAAGGGGGGUGGGAUAAAUAGCCCUUAUUACAACUAAUAUAUUUAUAAUAGUGUAUGUGUAUAUAUAUAUAUAUUUAUAUAUAUAUAUAUAUAUAUAUAUGACAGACUAUAUAUAGUAUAGUAUAUAGUAUAGGCCUAGCCCCAACCCAACUUAUUUGUGGGACCUUUUAUUAUACAUUACAUUAUGAAAUGAUAUUUUAGGCUAUGUCAGGCUAUGUCAUCAUAUUUUAAUAAAUAAACUAAAUACAAAUUUUAAAAAUAUUCACUUACCUUUGAUAUUGAGAUAUCCUCUAUUUCAUCACAUAUUAAUCAUAUUAAAAUUACAAUAUUCGCAAGAAAAUAAUUAUAUAAUCCUGGAUAUUGUUAAAGAAAUAACAUACUUUCUGCCGCAAUAAUCCAAGAAUUACUUAAGAUAUUACUAAAGAACAAUCAUAAAAACUUACACUUACCUUAAGCAAAUGACGAGAACUUAUUUUAAUUGCUAUCAACCUCCAAAGGUGAUGCAUGUUGAUUUGUGAAACAAGAUUACUAACUUAAAAUAAAUGAAAAACUAAUUUUUGGUCGUAUUCAUAUUUAACUAAAAUACAUAAUAGAAAAUGGUAAAAUAGAAAGUGUAAUUGUCAAUUUUAACUAAAUGAAUCAAAUAAUCCAUCUAUUAUUUGUUUAUACUUAUUAUGACUUAUAAAUAAACAAUUCCACAGAGAAUUUGAAAUAAAUAUCUAAAGAAUAUUAUUAUUUUUAUUACUUUAGGGAAAUUAAAAAAAGAUAUGCAUGUAUUUAAAGAAAAUUAAUUAAUUAAAUAGAAAUAAAUUACAAGUCAGCAUAUUUUUUAAUCAAUUUUUUAAUAAGGAAAAUUUAAUUUUUAAUUUUUUUGUGUGGAAUAUUAACAAAAGCUUAAUUUUGUUGCUUGUAUUUAACUAUGUCCCUGUAAAUAUUUUAUUUUUAUCUCAUUUUAUAAUAACAGUUUAGGCAUAAACUCAUAAGCAAAAUGAGGGGAUCAAAAUGUGGAGGAAACCCCAUUGUGAAAAAGUGGUUUUGAGGUACUUACUACAAAAAUCAUAACUUUUCCGCACUUGAGCUACAAAGUUGACCUUGGUGUUUUUAUAAAUCACUAGCGAGUACCCGGCAUGCGUUGCAAUGCCACUCAAGGAAAGAAAGUGUUUGCAUGUUAUGUUUCUUCAAGAGCUUUUAAAUACUCAAAGUUUUUCUUGAUUUUCCAUCUGGUAUAUACACGAAUAAUUCAGAAGAUUUUCCGACGCGAGAGCAGGCCACAUACAUCUGUCCAUGGACGAAGCAUGGGUUUUCCAAAUUUAGUCCGCAAACUUGUAGCGAUUGUCCCUGUGCUUUGUAGAUAGUCAUUGUAGACGCGUGUCGCAUCGGAAACUGUAGGCGUUUGAAUUCAAAUGGCAUAUCUGUUGGAAUCAUUGGGGUGAAUGGCAAAAGUACAUCACCUAGUUUAAAUUUUCCAUUUAAAAUAGUAACUUCAAUGGAACCAAUUUCGGAAGAUUCAUUUGAACAAAUGUACCGUACCUAAUGCUUCGAUAUCAAAGUGCGUUUCUCGUUGCAAAUCAAGAGCGAAAAGUUUGUUUGCAGAUCGAUUCCGAGAGGUCAUUCCCAACUCAUGAAUCAUCAAUCGAUAUGAAUAGUAUUUCAUGGCACUGUCUUUCUUAUUCGAAUUUCUCAAUUUGAUGUCAAAAUGAUAUCCAUCUUCUCCUUGCCAAAAUACAAUAGGAUAUUGCAAUCAAACGUAUGAGCGAUGAGUUUCUGAGACUCGCUGAACAUCAACACUUCUGCGAUGAAGAAUUAUAUCACGUGAGUUAAAUUCUUUGCCAACUAUAAUGAUCGCCACUUCAUCAAUUGUUGGUGCAUUGCAUUGUCUUUCAUGUUGGCCGAUAGGUGUUUAGUCUGCUCUAACUAUGACUUUGUAUUCAUCAGUCGGCAUCUUUUCAAGUGCAACUCUAUACAUUUGAAUUAAUUCGUUGUGUUGCAAAAAUGUUUGCAUUGCAGCUACGAUUUCUCGUUUAGUGCCCGUAUUGAUAUGACAACGUUGAUCGAUUUGUUCAUCAGUAUUCCCCAUGAAAUCAUUUGAAGACAUUUGUGAUCUGUGUUUGGCAUUGGCAUCAGAGAUGGUAAAUUUGGCCUUUCACUUUAAUUUGUAAUUCUCGCGCACGAUAUUUGUUGCACCGAACGAUGUCAUUUGGAAACAUGAAUUGCAUUUGCCUGUGUUUGCCAAGAAAUGUUUCGAUUGGCUAUUGUCACCUGAUACCAACAAUGAUAAUGGUUUUGAUGGUGAAUGUAAUUCUCACACAUUAAGAUCUCCCAUCUUUUUACAUGAAAACCUCGCACAAUAGGUACGUUCAUUGUUGGCAGGAGAUUUCCAGUUGUAUAGUUUCUCAUUAAUUUAUAAAUCGUAAAUUCCAGCGGUAAAAAAUGACCAUGGUUCAAUAUCUACGCUGUCAAGUGUGUUAUUUAAUUACUUGAGAAACCAUCGAUUGGUGUAAAAUGUAUUUACAUAACACAAAACAACUCCGAAAUUAUAAGACUCUAUUCAAGAAAUACUCUUAGUUGAAAAAAAAACGCGAUUUCGAUGUCAUUUCCGAUUCUAAAAUGCGUCACAAAAUUCAAGCUUAUUUAUACACAUAACAAAAAUACUCUCUACACUAAAAAUGUAAAAACGUGUUUUCUCUGCUUUACUACAAAUGUGUCAUUUGUUCAAGGGCGGUAGUGUUGAUAUCUUCGUUAUAAAUUAUAUUGAUGAAGCUCAUUUAAGAAAUAAAUUGAAUUUAGGGUCCCCAGCCCUAAUUGGAAUAUUGUACAAUGGAUGUACUAAAUUUGAAAAAUUUGCCGGUGGAUUCAGCUACUUCCACACAUGCAAUAGCUUUGUUUGAAAUUAUAGUUACAAAGCUCUUAGAAGAAAAUAUGAAAUUAGGGUCACUGGCCGAAACGGAAUAUUGUAAAAUGUUUUUUUCUAAUUUAGAAACAUUUUCGGUAGUGCGCAUUUCACUUGACCCAGUUUGAUCACAAUCGAAUGAAUGGUAUAGAAAUGCAUACGAUAAUUAUAUAGAUAAUAGAAGUGUGGAAAACGAAUUUAGGACCCCCCUCCACAAAUGGAAUAUUGUAGAAUUGUUGUAUUACUUCAGAAACCUACUUAAUAUGUCACACACUCAAUUUAAUAUCACUAUUUGUAUUUGAUUAAAAAGCUAUCCAUUCAUGCUUUAGCUCUGUUUGAAAUUAUAGUUGUAUAGCUUAAAAUUAUAGUUGUAUAGCUUAUAUAGAAAAAACGAACAUAGGACCCCUGGCUAAAAACGGAGUAUUUUAAAAUGGUUGUAAUCAUUUAAGAAACCUUUGCGGGCGGGCGCACAACAUCUCUCUAAAAUUUUAUCGCAUUGUAAUAAUGUAGAGGAGCGCAUACGGAAAUUAUUUUUUUAUAAAGCUCCUAAUGUACGGAAAAAAACACGAAUUUGGGGCGAUUGCCAAAAAAAAAAACGGAAUAUUUUAGUAGAGUUAUAAUGGCUUAGAAAAAUGCUCUGGCUUAUGGACAACAACUCACCUCAGUUUUAUAGCAAGCGCUUGAAUGAUGUAGGAGCGCAUGCGGUUUGAAAUUAUAUUUAUAUAGCUCAUUUUGUAAGAAACAAACAUAGGGCCCCUGGCUCAACACUGAAUAUUUUAAAACGGUUGUAGUAAUUUAAGAACCUUUGUGGGCGAUAGAACAACAUCUCACUAAAUUUUUAUCGCAUUCUGAAAAAUGGUAUAGGAGCGCAUAGAAAAUUAUUUUUUACAAAGCGCAUAUAAGAAAAAAUAAGAAUUUGGGUCAACGGCCCAAAACGGAAUAUUUUAAAAGUGUUGUAAUGAAUUGUUAUGUUUAUAGAUAACAACUCGUCAAAGUUUUGUCGCAAUCGCGUGAAUGGUGCAGGAGCGCAUACGGUUUGAAAUUGUAUUUAUAUAGCUCGUAUAAGAAAAAAACGUAAAUAAGGCCGCUGGCUAAAAUUUGAAUAUUUUGAAAAGUUUAUAAUAAUUUAAAAACCUUUGCGGCCGUGCUUCCAACAUCUCAUCAAAGUUUUAAGUUUUAUUGCAAUCGGAUAAAUGGCGUAGGAGCGCAUAUGAAAAUUAUUUUUUACAAAGCUCAUAUAAGAAAAAAUAUGAAUUAAGGGCCAACGUCCGAAAACAGAAUGUUUUUAAAAGUGUUUAAAUAAAACAGUAAAAUGCACUGGCGCAUGGACAACAACUCACUAAGUUUUGUAGCAAUCGCAUGAUUGGUGUAGGAGCGCAUACGGUUUGAAAAUAUAUUUAUAUAGCUCAUAUAAGGAAAAACGAAUAUGAGGCCCCUGGCUCAAAACUGAAUAAUUUAAAACGAUUGAAAUAAUUUAGAAAUGUUUAUGGACAUGCUCGUAACAUUUCACCAAAGUUUUAUAUGAAUCGGAUAAAUGGCGUAGAAGCGCAUCUGGAAAAUAUUUUUACAAAGCUCAUAUAAGAAAAAAAAACGAAUUAAGGGCCAACGGCUAGGAACGGAACACUUGAUAAGGUUUUUAAUGACUCAGUUAAAUGGCCGGUUAUGUGGACAACAACUAACCAAAGUUUUGUCGCAAUCGCAUGAAUGGUGUAGGAGCGCAUACGAGACAUACAGAUAUACAUACAGACCUACAAACAUUCAUUUUUAUAUAUAUAGAUUAUCUAGGCUCUCUACAGCUGUAGUAUUUUUAUAUUUUAAAAAACAUUUUGAAAGUUUCAUCAAAGUGCCUAACUUUCUGAGCUAUGAACUUUUAAAGUGCGCGUUAGUUCAUUAUUUUAGUAAAUUUACGCUAUCCCUGCAACGAGGUUUGCCACGGCUGCCACCUUGGUUAUGGCAACUAAGGAUGCGGCUGUGUAAAAAAAAAACACACUGCUGCUAAAAUGGGGAGGGGAAAUGGAGAGAAUGUGCUGGUUUAGAUAUUUACCGAAUGAAACGAAAAUAGGGCAAAAUUUUACAAUUUAAUCAAAAAAAUGUCCGCCUGUUCAUGAAUUUCAUGGUGAAUAUAGCUACUAAAAUGUGUCCAUCUUGAUGUUGGCAAGAAGUCUCAACAACCUGCGGUUGCCUCCUUCCCUGAUGUAAUUUCAGGCGGUACAAACUCAUUUCCUUCAACUAAAACACAGGUAUGGCUACAGUCACACACUGUGGUAAGAAAACUAUAAAUUAAGAAAAACAAUACAAAAUAACAUUAAAACAAUGAAAGGCCAACUUACAGUUUCAAUCAUAGAAUUACACUUUUUACACAUUUUAUUUCAGGUUUCCACCAAAAAGAAAAUCCAAAAGCUGUCAGAAAAUCUUUACAAUACCAAAAGGCAGGAAAAUUUAAAUAUUUUAAUUAACCAACCAAUGAAAUUUUAAUUUAAAACAAUCUAUCGUCAUAUUAAGAAAAAGUUAACUCUAGUAAAAAGACAAACAUAAACAAAAGGGAGAGAAUCCUACACAGACACACGUCAUGGAGCUGAUUGCAGAGUGCGGAAAUUGACUCUAAUAAUUUUUUUUACUAUGGACAUUCACAUUCUGUCACCCUCUGUUUGCGUCACCGCAUCAGGGGCAUUAACUCAUUCAAAUGAUAAUUUUAUACAACUUUUAUUUUCGGUUUAUUAAAAGAUCUAAAUGAAAAAAAUAAUUUAUUAUUAUUAUAAAUAAAUUGUUAUAUGCAUUAAAAUAUGAUUAUAAUCAGUAAAUUUAACAAAUAUGAUAUGGAUGUUCUGUUUACCAAUCUAGCAUCCAUAUAGUUUAUAUAAGAAAGGCAUCCACCAAACAAUAAUACUCAUUUUGGAUUACUUAUUUUGAACUUUCAACUUUUGCACAUAGGCACAUGAGUAAAUUAGUAAACGCUUUCCCUGGCCAAUGAUGUAAAAGUUUUUGCACAUGGUGUUGUGAUGUUGUUAUAUUGUUAUAGUUGCGUCCCUUUGUUAGGAAUACGUGAGACCCGUGAUUCAUGAGUUGAAAUGAAACUUUGAGAAUAAUACUAUUGUAGUAUUACAGAUGCAAAUGACUGAAUGGUUCCCCAUGAUGAUGUUUUGCACACUGUAAGUUAUGAUAAUUUAUAAUAUAGACUAUCAGGUUUUUAAACCUCAAAUCAUAUUAUUCCUCUUUCAGUGCCUUCUAAGUCCAUUAUAAAGCACAAGUUUUUCAAAUCUUUGAUAUAAAUAGUGGUAAUAAUUGAAUAUUUCCCAAGUAUUGGCAUCUUCCACCAUUAAAAGUGGCUCAUGAUCACAUCCUAGUUGGGCUGUGUGACCGAUAUAAUACACUGCUCAAACGUAGAACCAUGGGGUAUCUCCUAAAACAUUUAGUGUUAUGAAAAUUGGUACACAUGUAGAUCAAUAUAUGCCCGAGGGCUAUAAUAAAAACAAAAAGGGUAUAUUACUAUAUAUUAAGCUUUAACUUAACCUUAAUGAUGAAAGAUGCUUUAGAUUAGAUCUAACUAAUAAGGAUUUUAUCAAAGUUGACUAAAUGAAAAAGAAGUUAUAUUAUCAACAAUAGUGACUAUGACUUUCUAUUUUUUUGUUGUUGUACGUUUUCACGUUUCUCUACAGGUUUUUGAGUUGUUUUUUUUAUUCAAGUUUUGAUUCUACAGGUUGGCAAUUAUGCUUUUUACGACUGUAAAGAGUAUUGAAGCUCUCAUCUAAUAGUGGUAUUGUUUUAUUAGUUAAUUUAGAAGUAACCUAAGUAACAGUUUAUUACAAAGGACUGAGUUGGAGAUAGCGAAUUAAUUCCCAUCCUCACUUUGGCUAAUCCUAAGCACAAUUUGGGAUGAAUGUAACAACUUCAUAUUAUCUUAAUGAUAUGUGGCAGGAUGAAUGUAACAACUUCAUUGUAUCUUAAUGAAAUGUGGCAGGAUUAAUGUAAUAACUUCAUAUUAUCUUAAUGAUAUGUGGCAGGAUUAAUGUAAUAACUUCAUUGUAUUUUAAUGAAAUGUGGCAGGACCCUUCAACAACCUGCAGUCUCCCCUUGCUCUCAGUUAUAGAUAAUUAGGAGGUAUUCCAAAAUUAAUUAGAUUGAGUUGGAAUCUGAUGGUAAUGUCGUGUUGUCUGUAACAAGGCUGAAAUAGGAAGAGUUGGAAUCAUUGGGCAUCCGCAUUAUACACUAGCUGAUGCGCCCUGGGACACAAUUAUGUACAGUGCUCAUUUUGUCCUUCCCAGUCAGUUGGUAUUAUCACAAUGUUAAAUUUUGCUUGAUUGAAAAUUUCCAGUUGAGACAAGACCUUGAGGAGUAUGAAGAACUUCACAAGACAGCCAAGCGGCCAAGGGUUCAAGAGACUAUUUUGAAAGAGGUUGACAGACUUAAAAAGGAAGUGAAACAGUUGGAAGCCAAGGCUGCAGCACAUGAAUCAAAAGCAGCCAGUGGAACAGUAGGAUACGAGGAAAAUAUCAUAAAUUAUGGUAUGAUACCUAUCAUUUUAUUUGAAAGAGGAUCAGUGAUGAAAAGUUCAAAUCCAUCAAAACUUUAUCUAGACUUUUUUUUUCUUUAUUAGCCUAUACAACAUAUUUGAAGAAUUACAUCAGAUUGAUUGUUUGAAUUUCAACACAUACCAAUCUUUAUGUCUUUGCACUCAACACACCGGAAAGCUUUCAUAAAAUUGCUGCACAUCACAAUGAAAAGAUAAAUUAAAUAAUCUUACCACACCCGAUAGCCAGUGUUUCAUUCCCAAUUAGUAUUGUAUACUUUAUCUAGUAAGACUAAUAUAGUAAUUAUAAUUUUACAACUAAUUGUGAAAAUUAUCUUGUAUUCUUACAGCAUGGGAUCAGUCAGAUAAGUUCAUGAAACUAUAUUUAACUUUGACUGACCUGAACAAAAUCACAGAUGAGAAUAUUGUGUCCAAUUUCACAGAUAAGUAUGUCACCAUGGUCUGUUGUCCCAUGUUGUACUAUAUGGUAUCCCAUGAUUAUGUGAAUCAGUUGUGUUUUGUUCUAUGACUAACAACAGUCCAGACGGUUGCAGCUAAAUGUGUACUGGGGGAAGGGGGGGGUGUUUCUAAAGGAUGCAGUCAAAUGCAUCCCGGCACAUAGCAGCACACCUCUCUCAUUUUUAUUUAACCCUAUAACAUGUCAAGUGGAUUUUUCUGUAGCCUCUAGCCAUUUUUAAGAUUUUUAUAUGCUUCUAAAAAAUGGCAAAGUAUCAGACUAAUUAUUUAUGACAGUUAAAGGGUUAAAAAUAGCUGGUCACGCUAGACUUCCCCUGAUGGCUUGAUUUCAAUUAAAAAGACUGAACUUUUUAUCUUGUUUCAUUUUCAAUCUUUGUGUGCUUUAAAACGGUGCCUCUAUGUCUAGAAUCUCUAUAUCUAGCAUGUGUUCCUCCAAGGUCAUUGCUUUUUAUUUGUUUGCCAUUAUAUUUUUAUUUAACCUACUUCAUUUCUGGAUACAUUACUAUUGAUUGAUAUUUUUCAGCUAAAGAAUUUUUUGUACAAUUGCAAAAGGAAGCUACGUCCAUUUGUUCAGGAUUAUAAAUUAAAUACUGAAGUGACUGCCAUCAAGACCAAUAUUUCAUAACAUGAUUUCCUAGUCCUUGAAUAAUUGAAACAUUUUUUUAAAAAAAAGAUAAACAUCAAUCAAGUUGUAUGUGUGCUACUAAAAUAAAUAUAUAUAGCAAUGAAUGCUACAAGUACAUAUAUAAGCAAGUAAUGUUACUAAAAAUACAUAUGUAAGCAAGGAAUGCUAUUAAAAUACAUCAUAUGUAAGCAAGGAAUGCUUUUAAUGACCUACUCUUUAUUUAUCUUUUAUUGACAUACUCUUUGUUUCCAUUUAUUGUAAUUAAAAAAACUUUUCUCAGAGUUAAGUCUUAUCUCAUCUAGGUCAGUGACAGUCAGAAUACAGUUCCCCAACAGAGUCAGCACACUGCACAUAGCCAGACUUUGUGAGGACAUUAUACCAAAAGAGAGCUACUGUAAGGUGAGUACUGCUACUCGUAGCACACCAAAUGUUGCCACGUUUAACACACCAAGUGUGGACUGAAGGUAUCUUGUUCUUUUUUUUUGGUCAGAAGGGCAUUCAAAUGGUAAGACUUUGUGGAUAGAUUGAGUUCAUCUGGGAUAAGUUCCAGAUUGUAAUUGACAAGCCGCAGUGCUCAGUAAUAUCUACAGUAAUGUCUCUAAACUCUCUUAUACUGAAUUAAAACAGUUUUGAACAUCACUUCGUGUUGCUGAAUUGUCUCACUUAAAACUCUUUCUGUCUUUUCUAUUCUGUUUAAUACCAUAUAUUGUAUUUUCUGUUCAAUGCAUGCAGAAAAAGUCUGACUACGUUCUGGUGAUGUUAAAGAAAAAUGAAGUUGGUAAAACAUGGCCGUGGGUGACAGAACGAGAAAAGAAAGUGAAAGAAAAGAACAAGUAAGUUAUUUUAAUACCAAUAAUACAACUGAUUGAUUAUGUACUCAAUCUAAUUAUUGCUCAAUUUUUCACUCGGUCAAACAACUAAUUGUAUGGUGCUUCAGUCUUAAUUCACUCUGUCAACUGAAUGAAGCUCUCAGUCUUAAUUCACUCUGUCAACUGAAUGAAGCUCUCAGUCCUAAUUCACUCUGUCAACUGAAUGAAGCUCUCAGUCUUCAUUCACUCUGUCAACUGAAUGAAGCUCUCAGUCUUAAUUCACUCUGUCAACUGAAUGAAGCUCUCAGUCUUCAUUCACUCUGUCAACUGAAUGAGGCUCUCAGUCUUAAUUCACUCUGUCAACUGAAUGAAGCUCUCAGUCUUAAUUCACACAACCUUUUGAUCCUUUUGGUUGCGAUUUUUUAAUUAGUCAUUGUUGGUUACCAGGUAUGGGCAAAUAAAAGGAAUGGAGCUAUUCAACACUAAGUUCAAUCCAGAUUGAAAAACCUCAUUGGCUGCUUACCAUGUUUUAAAAUAUCUGGUCAUCUUGGCGCCAGCAAAUAGGCUGUAACUUGACCCAUAAAGUUGUCUCUGUAACUGUCAAAUGCAUUUUUCUGUAGUGUCAAGCCAUUUUUAGCAUUUCCCCCCAAAAAAGACAAAAUCCCAGACUUGAUGAAUACAGAGACCCUUACAAGUAUACAUUUUAUAAAAGUACAUUGAGCAAAGUAUAUUAAUCUUAUGGUAUGUAAAGAAUUUGUUUUUUUUGUUUUUUUAUAUAUGUUGACAUUGAUAUGGUGACUAAAAAUUUUAUUGCUAAACUUUUGCAUUCAACCCAAUCUCACUUUUUUGUUCUUUCUAUCAUUACUUCAGUUCCUUUUUUUUUAGAUAUUAAAUGAAAUAUCCUUUCAGAAAAUACCAAAAUAUCACAAAAUAUUUUGAAAAAUGGUAUUUUGGUUACUAUUGUUCAUUCACUACCUUCAAAUGUCUUUCUACAUUUGACAAAUGUCUGUCUACAUUUGACAAAAGGGGGGAAACACAAAAUGAGUUAAAAAAUUCCUUUUAGUUAAAGUUAUUAAAUACAUUUUUUAAAAAAAAUUAAUACUCCAGAGCAUAAAUGUCUUUGAAACUCAUCAGGGUAAGUGUUACUUACUGUUAUUUGGUUAUGCAAGUUUAAUCCGUUUUAUGAUUUGGCUGGUUAGGUGAACAAUACUUAAUUAAGGAUUGAACACCAGCAUACAAAUAAAAACCAUAUGAAAGCUAAUUAUAUUAACAGUAUUCAGUUUAAAAUUUAUAUACAAAGUCAAAAUUAAAUAUACAAAAAUAAUAACUAUUUUAACUUACAGCACAGCAAGUGAAAAAGUAUAAUCCUUGAAAAAUACAAAUAUUGAUGAGCCCUCUGGUAUACACACCAGAGUAAAGUCUUGUAAGGCUCUUAUAAGCAUAUUAAGUCUUGUAAUAGGAAAUCUAGCAAAAAUAUCUGUUAUGGCUGGGGAAGCUGCUGGCUUAUUUAUUGGGAGGGAGUUAAAACCCCCCUAACAGAAAUUGCAUCACCCGGUAGCAUUCUUUAGAACAAAUAAGAACAUAAACAACCUUUUCCCAAUCAGGGGAGAAAGGGGGGGGGGGUUAAAUUUAAUAGUUGACAAAACAAAUUGGGAUGGAGGUAAGGUUGAAUGCCAUGGGUCGUGAUGAAGAAAAACUAGGUCAACUCACAGGCUAUAACAGUUGGUAUUUUGGAUCCUAUCUUUGUCUUUUCUGAUUGAUCACCAACCUUUUCCAAACAAAUUUGUCUGUAAUAAUAUGACUAAUAUGUCAAUAUCUGACUUUUAUGUCGUCAUCACUGCUAGAGCUAAUACUGUCACUACUAGCACAUGGAAUAUCUCUGAAAUAAUUGCUUUAUUUUAAUCCAUCAAGUAAGUCUGUGUUGGUUUUGCAAUCUAAAGGUGGAUUCUCUCCGGCAUCAGACAUAAUGGCAUUCAAAAAAAUUGAGCAAAUUUCACUCCCCAUUAAUCAUUAUCAAAGAAUAUUAAACACAGAUAGAAACAGAGAUAUGAAUCGAUUUCCUUUCAUUAGAGCUAUUUCCCCAUAACCUAUGUACAUUAAAUCAUUAAAUCAUUCACCAUCUUGUUUCCCCAGACCCAAAUUAGAGGAUAAUGAUGAUCCCAGCAUUGGCAUAACCAAAUUGUUGAAGAACAUGUACGAUGAGGGCGAUGAUGAUAUGAAGAGGACAAUAUCCAAAGCUUAUUACGAGUCUCAAAUGAAACAAGGACGGGGUGCUGACCCUUUAGCAGACUUCUGAUCAGCAAAUUGGUGAUGUAAACUUUGUUCCGACAGUUGUUUCUGCAGGGAAAAUAUGGAGUUUCAUGAUGGAGGUCAUGGUGUAUUCUAAAAUAAUCAAUAAAAAAACAACUAUUCUUUAUUAAUUUAGAAGGCAUUAUUUUUUUUUAAUUGAAUAAUUAGAAAGAGCAGAAGAGAUUAUUAGGUCAAUGUUGUUGCAAAAACUGUUGGUGUUUUUUCUCCAUUUAAUGUCCGAUGAAUAGAAAGGAAUAUGGUAAUAAAUAUAAGAUAUCAAAAGAUACAUUUUGUUUCCAUACCAGCACUUAUAUUAUAAAUUAAAAUUAUAAUUAAUAUCUUUAACAGUUUAUUUUUUUUAAACUAGACAAUGUAUCAACUUUGUUGUUACUGGUAUGUUAAAGUAAAGAUAAUUUUAUCUAGGAAGUUGACUUCCAUAUUGUUCAGUCACCAAGCAAGGUUUAUUUAGUGUUUUUCAAUUUUGUAAAAACAGUAUAUAUUUUCUAAUGUUGAUGUGGCUUGACUUCACUUUAUGCUUUCAAAAGUUCAACUUUUUCUAGAAGGAAAAGGUCACAUUUAAAGGUCACAUUUUUUGUUUACUGUAAAAUGUUGGCUGACAAUCAACUAGAGGAAGUGAGUACAUAGACAUAGGUAGACAUAGUUCCAUCUGCUGGGUUGGCUACACACAGGCAUGGUUUCAUAUGCAGGGUUGGCUACACACAGGCAUGGUUUCAUAUGCAGGGUUGGCUACACACAGGCAUGGUUUCAUAUGCAGGGUUGGCUACACAUAGGCAUGGUUUCAUAUGCAGGGUUGGCUGAGCCAAUUUAAAAUUGUCAUGUAGAAAUUAUUGACAUUUUCCCUAUAUAAUUGAGACACAUCAUUUAUCCACAAAUGACUGACUUGUUUAGGACACAUUCAUUCCCCAUGACACCAUUCAUUCAUUAGGAUUUCAACUGUACCAUUGUCUUAUUGGAGUGUGCUUUUUGUGUAUGAUUUUUGGUGGAAAUGAAACAAGUUAUUCUUUAUAUAUAAUGUUAUGAAAUAAAAAUGAAUAGAUUUUUGCAAA